GCUCCCCGCUCGGGCUGUGCGCGCUGGCGGCGGGGUCCAGGCAGGGGCAGAGCCGGCUCCGUGCUCCGAGCCGGGGGCGGGACGGACCCUGGGUGCUCGCCGCAGCCGCCGCGUCCCCGUCGCCGGGCGGGGAAGUUGGGUCCCGCGGGCGGCGCGCUGCCCCGGGGGAAGGAGCCCGGCAGCAUGGGGCGCGCGUGGGGCUGAGCCCGCCCCGGCCGGGGGCUUGCGGAUGGCUCGCCCGGAGGGGGCCGCGGGAAGGGAGCGGUGACGGGGGCAGCAGCGCCCGGGACCCCGCUCCCCAGCACCACCAUGGGCCCCGGGGGGGUUGCGGCCAGGAGCGGUGUGCGGCUCUGCUCCGCGGCCAGCCUGCUGCUGGGAGCGCUGCUGUGCGAAGUGACAGAUUGUCGAGGGGUCUUGGACAAUAUACAGAGAUUUUCUUCAUUACCAACAUAUCUACCUGUGAGCUAUCGGAUCUUCAGUGCUGAGACUUCCUUUUUUCUUAAAGAAGCCAAUCAGGAUUUCAUGAGAAACUCCAGUUUGCAAUCCCGGGUGGAGUCCUUUUUUCCAUAUAAAGCCAAGAGGCCACCUGUAUUAAAUGCCAGCUAUGGACCUUUUUCCGUUGAACAAGCAGUGCCCCAUGACCUACUGUUAACCUCAAACUUUUUCGGAUCCACCAGCAAGUUUACUUUUAACUGGAGACUUAAAGCCUAUAUCAUGAGUGACAAAAUUUACCUGAGCAAGCCCAAAGUCCAGAUCCUGUUCUACAUUGUGGGCAGGGACUGGGAUGACUACAGUACCACGGAGAGGCUGCCUUGCCUGCGGGUGUUUGCCUUCCGCGAGACGAGGGAAGUCCGAGGCAGCUGCAGGCUGAAGGGGGAUCUGGGAUUGUGCGUGGCCGAGUUGGAACUCCUGCCGAGCUGGUUUAACCCCCCCACGGUGGUGUCCGGCCGCAAGAAAGCGACGGAUCAGUCUGAAGGGAGCCCUGUGGAACUUUACUACACCAUCCAGCCGGGGGACGAGACCGGGGAGUGCACCACUGAGGAUGUGAGGAAAGGUAAUGCCAUCCGGCCAGGGAAGGAUGGUACGGACGAGACCAUGUCCCACUUGCAGAGGAUUGGCUCUGUGAGCCUCUAUCGAACCCCAGAGAGUUCUCAGCUGACAGAGCUGAGGCUGGACAGUAAUGUUGUCAUCUGGCUGCCAUCGAAGCCGGUCAAGCAAGGAGAAGUUGUGAAUGUCUUUGUGACUCUCGCUAACAAUUCCACUGUGGAACAGUUCAUACUGAGGGCCAAGGUGAAGAAGGGCGUGAAUAUUCUGAGCGCGAAGACAAGCGAUCCCCGGCAAUGGGACGUGAAGCAGGAGGUGGGGAAUGGAGGAAAACAUUCAACCACGACCGUUAGCUGUCACAGGAUAGCACCAAAUUCAAGGAACAGAAGUAACAGUUUAUUCAGUGAAGUUGUGCAGAUGAACUUUGAAAUAGCCAGUUUCAGCAGUCUUUCCGGAACGCAGCCAAUCACGUGGCAGGUGGAAUACCCUCGGAAGGGGACAACGGACAUAGCCCUCUCUGAAAUCUUCAUCUGCCAGAAGGACCUGGUAGGAAUAGUUCCACUAGCAAUGGACACAGAAAUUCUGAACACUGCAAUUCUCACGGGGAAGACGGUUGCAGUGCCCAUCAAAGUGGUUUCCAUUGAGGAGAACAACGCCGUGACGGACAUUUCGGAAUCGGUGGAGUGCAAGUCCUCUGAUGAGGAUGUUGUCAAAGUUUCUGACAGAUGUGACUAUGUGUUUGUCAAUGGCAAAGAAAUGAAAGGCCAGGUGGAUGCGGUAGUGAAUUUCACAUACCAAUAUCUGAGCGCCCCUCUGCAAAUCACAGUCUGGGUUCCACGCCUGCCUCUUCAGAUUGAUAUUUCGGACACAGAGCUAAGUCAAAUAAAAAGCUGGAGAGUCCCCAUUGUCUCCAAUAAAAGACCCACAAGGGACAGUGAGGAUGAGGAUGAAGAUGAGCGGAAGGGAAGAGGCUGUGCGCUCCAGUACCAGCAUGCCCUGGUGCGAGUCCUUACUCAGUUUGUCGCCGAGGACUCUAGCCCUUGGAGUCAGCUGAACUACUUGCUGGGUUCUGACUGGCAGUUUGACAUUACGGACCUGGUGAUGGACUUUAUGAAGUUGGAGGAGCCCCACAUUGCCAGGCUACAAGAAGGAAGGAUUUUGAUUGGACAAGAAGUAGGAAUGACAACAAUCCAGGUUUUUUCUCCUCUGUCGGACUCCAUUCUGGCAGAGAAGACAGUGACGGUGCUAGAUGACAAAGUGACCAUAACAGACCUCGGGGUGCAGAUGGUGGCUGGGCUGUCGCUCUUCCUUCAGCCAAGCCCGGCAAAUAACCGAGCUAUUGUGGCUACAACCAUUGCUCAGGAGCUGCUUCAUACCCCUAAACAGGAAGCCAUAGUAAGCAUCUGGAUCCAGUUCAGUGACAGCUCAGUUACUCCAUUAGACAUUUAUGACCCCAAAGACUUCUCCCUUUCUGCCAUGUCGCUGGACAAAUCCAUUGUCUCAACCCAUCAGAGCACUGCCUGGAAAUGGCCGGUCGUGGCAGCAGAAGGUGAAGGGCAGGGCACAUUGAUCAAAGUAGACAUGAUGAUCUCUGAAGCCUGCCAGAAGUCCAAGAGGAAAAGUGUCUUGGCCAUGGGCAACAGCAACAUCAAAGUGAAGUUCGGCCAAAAUGAUGCCAACUCCAACACUGGCGGAGAUUAUGAUGCCGAUGAGAUUGAAAACCAUGCGAGUGACCGGCGGCAAAAGGUGUCGGAUCAAGAGCGGUACGGCCAGGAUGGGCAAUACUAUGGGAGCUCUUCGGCGGAGCGAGAGGAAAGUACCGUCAGAAAAGUCAGCACCACUGCAAAGUCAAUGCUCAAAAACAAAGUCAUGAAAAACAAUAGGCUGGAUGGAGGCAAACUCUCAGAUGAUGGCCAGCUGCAGAACAUUCCCAUAGAUUUCACCAACUUUCCUGCUCAAGUAGACCUCCCAAAAAGCAAUGGGGGCAUGGAGGAGAACGAUCUAGUGCAGUCGCCCAGAGGCCUUAGUGAUUUGGAAAUUGGGAUGUACGCUCUGCUGGGGGUCUUCUGCCUGGCAAUUCUUGUCUUCCUAAUAAACUGUGCAACGUUUGCAUUGAAAUACCGGCACAAGCAGGUUCCAGUGGAAGGGCAAGCCACCAUGACCCACUCCCACGACUGGGUCUGGCUUGGAAAUGAGGCGGAGCUGCUGGAGAACACAGCGGAUGUGUCACCUCAGCAGGAUGAGCACACCACUAUUAUAGACCGAGGGAUGGGCCAUGAGGAAAGCAACCACCUCCUCAACGGCGGCACUCAAAAGAACAUCCAGAGCCAGAUCCAUAGAUCUGCUGACUCGGGGGGGAAGCAAGGGAAAGAGCAGAAAACGGAACCUUUGCAUUCCCCCACAUCCAAACGAAAGCGGGUAAAAUUCACAACCUUCACCACCAUCCCACCCGAUGAUGGUUGUCCCACCGUCAACUCUAUCCUAAGUAGCAAUGAUGACGAUAUUAAAUGGGUGUGCCAGGAUAUGGACCUCGGGGACUCCAAAGAGAUAAAAAACUACAUGGAGAAGUUCAAAGACAAAGUGUAGCUCCUGUCUGGUUUUCUGGGUUUAACCACACCUUGAUGCCUUCAGUUCUACAGUAUAUAUUGGGACAGAAAAGGGGAGAAGGAGGGGAUCAGUAGGGGAAAAAAAAUCAACAACAACAAGAAGGCAGUUUCUGUCAUCAGGGAAAGAAAUUUGUCAAACUGUCCAUGGCUUUGGGUUUGUUUGUUUGUUUUUCUCCAAAAGCUGCUCGUGGAUUUGGGCAGUCAAUGGAAUGCAAAUCCCAGAAGGGAGUAAGGAAACAGAUUAACCAAUACGAUGAACUGGGCAUGGUGAGGUUGUGAAAAUUUAUCUGAUGGGUCAAAAUAAUAACAACAAUAUUAUAGACAAGGUACCAAAAAUGUUUUUAAAAAAAAAAGUGAGAGAAAGUUAGUUAAUAGACAAGACAGAGAAACGGUCACUUCUUAAUGCUUGUAAUAAUAUGAAAGUAUGACCCAGGAAGAGACAGUUUAGAGUGUUACCCAAGCAGUUGCUAUCUAUUCCCUCAUCUGAAGUGAAAACAUGUCCCUGGCAUUAAAUAUGGAGCAGAAAGAGAUUAUCUGAUAUAUUUUUAUUUUUCUGUCUAUUUUCCACCCCUUGUCGCUUUCUUUAAAAUGAGUCUUAAAAACAAACAAUCCAGUAGGUUCUUUAUGGACCAAGAGAUAAUUGUUUUUCUUAAUUAGCUAAUAAUAAUCUUCCUUGUCAUUUGAAGAACUCAGAGGAUGAGCAAAAACUAAUAAUUCCAGCGUGGCAUCUCUUCUGAAAGCAUGAGUUUCGGCUGCUUUGUGCUAGCUAGAAACUUGUUCUGUUUGGAGGAAGAUUUAAUUUUGCUUUUGGGUGUGUAGGUUGGUUCGUUAAGUUUCCACAACCAAAGUUCCCAUGUCUCACCAAGGGAAGAAAGUGCUGUUCUAUGUUUGCAUUUAAAAAUAAUAAACAAUAGGAAUGACCUAUAGGAAUGGUGCAUACCUACCGAAUAUAAGACCAAGACCAUCAAAGCCCACAUAUGUGCACAGUCUAAUUUUUAAUUUUUUGCCAAGUCAGUGAAUUCAUAAUUUGUCCUGUAUUUUGCUCUGUUCAUCUUUUCAAUGCCACCAAUUCUCAUGGGGGAUUGGGAGGGAGGGUGGGGAUUGGUACUCACAAAUAGAGAAGCAGGUUGUCCCAAGCCCAUUUUAUUUCCUCAUGUUAGGGGAGCUGAGUUUUUGGAUGGAUAAUAUUAGUUUGGAGAAAGAGAAAUUCAAAUGACCAAGGAUCAAGAGAUAUCUGGGUCUACUUUAUUUUCAUUUGUUUCCCUUGGACCAGCACAAACUGGAAAAUGUGUUAUAUUGAAAAUCAGCUGUUUUUAGUAACAAAAUAUGAAUUCAGCAGUGCAUCAGAAACAAAUGGGAGAUAAAGGCACAGAUAAAUGGAUGCUGUUCCACUGACUUUAAUGUCAAUUUACACAAAAUGAGGAUAUGGCUCAGAAUCUAAAUGAUGGGGGAAAACCAGACUCAAGAAAACCUAUUCAUAAUUCAAAAGAAGUCCUCAUGUCAAAUCUUUUUUGGAAAGCAGUGUUACGUCUUGACUCCUAGCAGGGAGCACUUGCAUUGUUUGUCAGCCCUGUCUUUACCCGUUGAUUCCACUACAUCUUUUUUUUUUUUUAAUUACUAAACUCAGUAGGUUUGUCCUUUUAUUUUUUUCUUUACUUGGACGACAUGGACCCUGCCACUUGAUAACAUAGAAGGAGGUUUUAACAAGAUAUGCCUAGUAUGCAUUGUAGACUGAAAGAAUGUAAUAUUUAUUUAUACAUGAUAUAUAAAUUGUAAUUAAAAUGCUUUACAUGGCUUGA